GUCACUCAGUAGCAAACCAGAGAAAUUAAAACACCUCACGAGCCAUGUUAACUCAGGUUUUGUUUAUUGCCGCCUUUAUAUCCAUUGCAGCCUGUCAGCAUGGUCAUGUAUAUGGAGACGCUUACUCAUCCAAUCACAUCUCCCGUCAUGACGGACAUCCUCACAUAGUGCACGGCCACCACGGUCAUGAUUAUCAUGCACAUCCUAAGUAUGAGUUCGAGUACAAAGUGAAGGAUACCCACACUGGAGACAUCAAGGAUCAACACGAAAGUCGUGACGGAGACCACGUGACGGGACACUAUUCCCUUCACCAGCCUGAUGGAUCCGUUAGAUCUGUUCACUAUCACGGUGAUCAUCACACUGGAUUCCAUGCUGACGUAAAAUAUGAUACACAUCACAUUGUUCCUAAGCACCACCACUAUUGAUAUCUUUAUUCAAUGUAAACAUUAGCAUAAGUUUGUGAAAAUACGGAUAUUUUUAACUCUCAUGUUGUAUAGCAAAAUUACAAGAAACUUAAA